AUGGGUUCCGAGCCAGGUGUCCGAAAGUUUGAGAAGGAAUCGAUGCUGGAGAUUUUGCGUCAUAUUCCUGCUCCUGUGGUCAUCAUCACUGCAGCUUAUGGCGAUGCUAACGACGACAGCUUGCAAGUUAGAGGAAUGACAUGCAGCAGCUUCACAAGCGUGUCUUUGGAGCCGCCUUUUAUCUCGGUGUGUUUGCGCAAGAACUCCCUCAUGAUGCAGGUGCUGGAGAGGUCGACUGGAUUCGGCGUGCAUCUGUUGAAUGAGGAGAACAAGCAGAAGGCCGGUGACUUUGCGAAGCCUCAUGACACAGGGAAAGUACCUUUCAAUGAGGCUGCAGGUGAAUGGGAACUGGCGCCACUCCGGGACUACAUGAGUGAAUUACCUCCGAACCACCCUGAGGGGCAGCAGGAUCCUGACGCAGUGAAGGGCGUGCCAGUGCUGAAGGAGAGCAUGGCAGCACUUGUUUGCUACCGCAAAAUGAGCUUUGAUGCAGGCGACCACAUCAUCCUUGUUGGAGAGGUGGUGGCCACUAGCGCACAUGAUUUCCAUCCCCUCAUUUACAUGAACCGUCAGUACCACCAACUUGGUCAUGCGGUGUAA